GCGGACCACUACAAGCCCGAUCCAGAGCGAGCGCGGCAGGACCACAUGGAGGCUGCUGGGCGGCGCCAGCUCUUAUCCCAGGUCGGUCAGACGGCGGAGCAGUCCAAAUGUUACAAGUCCAUCGCCAAGUUGCCCCCCGAGGAGGCCGCAGUCGUCGAGCGGAGCAAGCCGAAGCGCCUUCCACCCUUUGUUUUGUCGCCCCCGCACGAGGCCAUUCCCGUGUUCCACAAGGGCUGGACGCUGGUCGAGGGUACAUGGUCGGACCCCGACAAGUUCGUUCUGGAAUUAAAGCUGCGGGCAGAGAGGAACAAGAUGGUACAUGAGUACCUCCUAGGCGGCUUCCCCGUGUGGUACCCGAGCUCGGGAAGCUCCAUGUGGCCUCUGGUGCGGUCGCACGGCUUCUGCACCUUUCACCCCAUCCAAGCUGUAAUAGCGGAAGCAGGCCCUGGCUGCGUCGUGAAGGAGGCGUCCACCGUGCAGAAAGGAGACAUCGUCUUCUGCCUGGUGCAACCGCAGCACCAAUACUACGCGCACAUUGUGAUCAAGGCAGAAUGGGACUUCCACAGGCGCGAGUACAAGUACUGGAUCGGCUGCAUCAGGCAGAACAUCAAUGGCUAUUGUUUCAGGGAGCACAUCUUCGGGAUCCUCGUGGACGUGCAG